CGAAGGAAGCUAGUAUAUAUAUAUUAGCGUCACCUACCGAUUAUUUUCUUCGCAAUUAACCAUUUGAUGAAUGUUGGUAUUACGAGAGAGUAAGACAGAGAGAAUGGCGAAACGGGAGAGCUUAAUAUUCAUGAAUAAGCUUGUGCUACUCCUGAAUAUCGCCGCAGUAGUUCUAGGGAAUGACUCUUCUUCUUCUUCUUCUUCUUCUACUCCUGGUUUUCACGCUUUCUACUUUAUCCAGCAGUGGUUACCGUCAUAUUGUAAUCAACAGGGGACAACAUGUUGCGACCCGCCAGCAGGAAAGCUUGCAACAAACUUUACAAUAUAUGGACUAUGGCCUUACAGUGACGAUGGUAGCGCCCUCCAAAAUUGUCCUGGAGAAACUUUUGAUGUCUCUCCGCUGCAGCUUAAAGCCAUAGAGAGCAUGCUAGAAAAAGAAUGGCCAUCAUAUACAUGUCCACAAAUUGGAAGAAAAUUCUGGGUCCACGAGUAUAACAAGCACGGUACAUGCUCUAAAUCCUUCCUAGAUGAAAUGUCAUAUUUUCAAGCCGCUCUUAACCUCAAGGACAAGAUCAACGUCUUGCAAGCCCUCGUCGAUGCCGGAAUCCAACCAAAUGACCAAUUUUACCCUCUUGAAAUCAUUAACACGGCCAUCACUACGGCCACCGGAUUUCGCCCUUUCAUUUUUUGUAAUUAUGAUGCUCAAGGAAACAGUCAGAUUUGGCAAGUUUUACAUUGUGUUGAUAAAACUGGGAUGGAAUUCAUCACUUGUCCUAGCUCUGAGGGACAAAAAGAUUGUGCCUCUACCAUCAAGUUCCCUUUUUAGUAAUAUAUGUGCUCUUUUUCUUUCAAAAUAAUUUCAACACAUUGCAUUUCAAUUCAUUCUUUGCCAAAAGGUAUUAAAUAAUAAUAACAUUAAUAAUAAACACCUUUGAUAGUUGGCUACGUAUUUCAUGUACCAAUAAUUCGCUACCUACUUAUAUAGUUUUUAUUUUUA